AGGUUUUCAGUGUUUUAAUCCCAAAUUGUGAGCCAAGUUGGCCCAUGCGAUCAUAUGGAACACCGACGAGUAAUGAAUGGGGUAGGACUCUAUAUUGAUAAAUCCAUGAACAUGGAUACAUUCUGUCCCACUUUCAAGGAGGAGCCAAGAGACAUGGAUGUUGAUGACUUCUCUACAUCUCGAAGGCUUGAACUUCUUCCUCCUCUGAGUGUUGAUGUUGAUUCUGUGUACAACUUUGACCUUCCAUCCAACGAGAAUGGGAGUGGUCCUUUGAGUGACAAUCUGAGUGGACCAUUCAGUGACAAUGUGAGUGGUCCUCUGAGUGACAGUAUCAGUGGUUGCAGUCCCUUAAGCCAGAAAAGCCCAGAAGGGAUGGGUCAAAUGAAUGGCUCUCUUGGGAGUGAGGGCACAGAGUGCGGUGAAGAAGAUAUCUUUCAAGUGGACAAAGCAGACCUUAUCCAAGGUCCUACUCUUGCAGAGUUGAAUGCAUCAAAUGAAUCCAUUGGGCUGAUGGGAGAUUUCAAGUUUGACUUUGAUGACCUGCUCUUGCCAGAUUUUGCAAGUGAAGUCAUAGCGAUGGCUAAAUCAGAACCCCCUAUGGGUGGGCAACCGAUAAGGAAUUGCAUGGAUCCUUGCAUGAGCACAUUUGCUUCCUCAUUCCCACCUCCAGCCUUUGCAAGCCAUCAGCCUUCUAUGUCGUCCAGUGCUCCCACUCGACCCAAUUUCACUAAUCAGCAGUUCAGCUCAAGCAUGCAGACCAGUCCAACACACACAGGCACCAAGCCAAAACGCCCCAAUCAGCUUCAGCCUCAGCUUGCUAAUCAAGAACCCAUCAUCACCGCCCCAUCCCAUUCAAGCACAAGCACGUUCACAUCACGUUUGGUGCAGAAGCAUUCCACCCUUCAUCAGCUGCUGCAGAAAGCACCUGCUUCAUCUCCUGUGUCAAUAACCAAGAGCAGACCGGAAGCCCAUCCCUCUGUGCCCUCCCCUGAUCUUGCAGCAUCUUCUUUGAUCACCAGAGACAGGCUUUCAACAUCUGCCCCUGUGGAAUCCAAAUUCUAUCAUUGGAAGCAGGAUCAGAAAUUCCAGGCCCUUGCACCAAGAUCUGGGAGUAGCUUUCUGGGUGACUCUAUUGCGAUAGGAAGCUCUGCAUCCUCUAUUUCUACUGGGGGAGUUCUGAGCCCUGCAUCCGUAGAGCUCUCACAUGAUGAAGGCUUCAACUCCGACAGCGAUGAUGAUACUUCUGAUGAAGAAUAUGGAGAUGAAGGUUCUGAAAGGCAGCUUUCGUCCUCAUUCAGCAAGAAGGAACGCUUCUUCUGGCAGUAUAAUGUGCAGGCAAAAGGCCCAAAAGGGCAACGGUUGGUUUUAACCCCAUCUGAGUUGGAUCCUCAUCGCCUGGAAGAGAUUGUGGAUCCUGUCUUCAAUCCUGCUGUGGCACUGCAUGGAAUUCGACACAGUGGGAAGGCUCGUCGAGGAGAUGGCAACGAUCUGACACCCAAUCCAAAGAAGCUCUUCAGUAUUGGCAGGGAGUUGGAUCAUCUAAAUGCUGUCAUCAAUGACAUGACUCCAGUGUCAGAGCUUCCAUUCACAGUGCGUCCACAGACUCGAAAGGAGAAGAAUAAGCUUGCUUCAAGAGUUUGUCGUUUGAAGAAGAAAGCCCAGCAUGAGGCCAACAAGAUGAAACUCCAUGGCUUGGAACAUGAACACAAGCACUUGAUGGAUACCCUCUGGGAGGUGAAAAAACUGGUUCGUGUAAGGAUGGGUCUUCCUCCGCCCUGUGUUGGCUCCCCCAUGUCUCCUUGUCAUUUCCCACAAGCUAAAGUUCCAGCUUUGGAUGAUGGUUCUCUUGAAGCACAAGUGGACAAGCUUAUGAAGCAUACUUGCAAACAUCGAAUAGCUGGACACACCACAGAGUAUGUGAACAAGGUGCUGGAGAAGGUGAAGUCCAAUUCUUCAUUGGGAUCCUUGGAGGAAGUGUAAUCUUUGUGUUUAGUGUUUUUCGUUUCCAUGGUACAUCAGGAAUGCCUUCCCAUAUCCAGAUAUCCGUGAAUUUUCUUUACUUUUCAUGGAGUGAUGUCUCAUUGGUUUUUGGAUGAAAAUGGAUUGCUCCUCCUGCUUGAUCGCUCAAAAUUUUUUGUUGUUGAUACUAGAUUUGUAAAUACCUUUGAAUUGUUUUUAUGAAGAGAAGCACUUUUACUUUGGUUCCAAACUCUGUCCUUCUCUUACAUGCUAUUUGAUUGGGUUAUAGGAGAUUAUUUCUGAGUCUGAGUCAAGUUAUACCCAAAAGAUACAGUAUAAAGGAACUAUACUGUGAACAGGAGAGGUAUCAAAUAUUCCAUCCAUUGACUUGGGAGAGCAGUUGAUUGGUCCUGGAUCAUGUAAAUUACUAGACUCCCAGAUGUCUUAAGAGCAUACAAAUGACAUGCUUGGAUACAAGGGAGCUUAAGAAGGUACUUUGGAAAUUGUUUGCAUGAAAGAUGAUGCUGUCAGGCUCUGCGGAGCUGCCAGACGUGACCCUGUCUACUUCUAAUAACUGGUUUUUUCGAGGAAUGGUUCAUGAGGAUUCAUAUCUACAGGGGAAAAUGUGAUACUCUCCCUCUUGCUUCCCCCAUGGAUGCCUUCAAUGUUGACAGACAAAGGAGCCCUGUUAUUCUUAUGCCUUGACGUGGUGCCAUGAGAAGUGGUUCCACUAUCUCAUGGCUUCCUCUUUUCACACAUUGGUCAGUAGAGGAUGAGUGACCCAUUGAAUUCACUUUUUGCUGAAUAUUUUUUAUUCCUUUAGGAUUAAUGAGUGUGUGGUUUUAUCAUUUCGUAUUCAUUUCCUAAGGCUAAGUGGCUUUCAAUUUCUGAUUAGCCAACACUAGUGUCAAACUGAGGACUGGCUACUUAGAUGUAUCCUAGUGUUGGGAGAACUUGACAAAAACUCCACUUUGGUGUGUGUGUGUAAAGGUGGUCUCUGUAGGGAUCUAUGAUCUGCUUUAUGGAAUUGUAGAUAUCUAAUUGCUUGAUAUGUGCUGCAUUGAGGAGUCUAUUGUGUCAUUAUGGGGAUUUGAGAACAAAAAAAAAAGGUUCUUAUAUUUUCCAUCGUAUGUGACAGAGGGAGUUGCUCAGACUGUAUUUCCUUUGUGCAAUCUUAUUCCCGGUGUUUUUAAUGUCAUUUUGUCCUGCAGUUUUAAAUGUUUGGUUUUUUUUGGCUGUUAAUGGGCCCAUAUCCCGGUGUUGCAUGCUAAAUUUUGCGGCAGUGAUAGAUCCAAAUGUAGUGUCAUGCUGUUUUGUGCAAACAAUUAAUGUGGAAUGGGUGCUUUGUCUGGCAUUGAGAUCUGUGGAUAUGUUGGGAAGUCAUGAAACCAAUGUGAGAUUUUCUGCUGAUGACUGAAGUUGAACUCUCUUCUGUAAGUUAGCCUUCUGAGUGGUGAUCAAAGGCUUCUAAAGGAACUAGCUAUGAUUCCUGAGUUGAUGAGCAACUGCUUCUUUUAUGGAAUCAUUCAGACUACCUCAGAAAAGACUUGUUUAAGCCGGGUUGACAAGUUCCAUAUUGGUAAUUUUACAAUUUAUCCUUUGCACCUGAAACUGAAGAGAAGGGUUAGCUCUUUAGACUCCCACCUCUUCUGUUUUGUUGCAGUUAUCAGUUUUUGCUACAGGUGACAUUCCAUGCCUAGCUCAUUUGUCAUCUUGAAUUCAUUCUUCAGUAUGUACAAAGCAUUUUCUAGUGUUCAUGGCUGUACACCUACCUGUGAAACCGGGCUGUGAUAUGAACCCAUAAAAAGGAGGGGAAAAAAGGGCCGCAUGUGGUGUAGUUUUGUAAUUACGAAGCAUCUAGUUGACCUGUUGUUGUUGAUAUCCAAUAUGAAACGAGACUUGAGAUCUAAUAAAAGAAACCAGAAAAAAGAAUA